AAUGAUGGAGGGAUGACGCGAGCAACGAGACGAACGUUGCACCCCGCGUGUGCACUUGGUUUUCUCGGUGAGGCUGAGAGGAUGAAAUCGUUGGUGGCAGAAAGAGUGCAAACUGCCCCCUCCUGGUCAAGCCAAUGUGCGGGGCUGCGAAAAUCGGCCACCCAGUUUGGCGUGCGUCAAUGUUCCAACAUUUCUGGUACAUUGAGAUCAUUCCAGAGGCCGAAUUUGCAGUGAACUGUCUUUUUGAUGGCUUGUUGCACAUCCUUCAAUGUUCCAAAGGUUCUGAAUCAAUGAAGUUAAAAUGCAAUCCCGCAACUUUGUUGCAAUUUCACCUGUCAGCCGUGUGUAGCCUCGCGCUAAGGAGCUUCGCGAAUCGCGUCAGGUUUCCCCGCCAAAUCAACAGAGCGAACCUCCAAGUAAACAAAAAAGCUCCGAACCACCUUUAUGGCUGCCACAACCUUGCAUUGAAUUGCCACUGCAAUCUCCUCAAAUUGGCAACCGAACAAGCGUGAGCUGGAGCUCACAGGAAACCCUCAUCAUGACCCCUCCUCGUCGUCGGUCCUCCAGACUUCGAGGCAGCUCUGUCACCCCCAAAAAGUCGUCUCGAAUCUCUUACGGAACGC